AUGGUUGAAAAUGGUUGUGUACCAUGUAUCUCCCCAACCUCUGAGAAUGGUUCCUCAGAUCCCAAGCAAAACCCUACACCACCCUCCCAACCACAACCACAACCCACCUAUGAGCCCCCCACCAUUCCGCAGGAGGAAUUGAACACUCCACCACCGUCUAAGAAACCAAGGGGAAGGCCCCUUGGCUCUAAGAACAAGCUCAAAUCACCGAUCAUCAACAACAACCUCAAGCCCGUCGUAUUUCAAAUCCCUCCUGGAAACGAUGUCAUUGCAUCCCUCAUCAACUAUGCCCGCUGCCAUCAAGUUAACCUCACUAUCCUUAGUGCUUCUGGCAUUGUGUCAGACAUUCAUAUUUGUCAUCCUUUUGCAAGCUAUGGCCCUCCUUUAAUCUACCGCGGACUCCAUAUGAUGCUUUCUCUUAGUGGAACCUACAUUAAUUUUCAUUUACCUUACUCUCGUUCCACCGCUAAUGAACCUCCAUAUCAGAACAACUUCACUAUUCACGUAUCUGGGAGUCAGGGUGCGGUCUGGAGUGGGAUUGUUGCAGGGAAGGUCCUGGCUGCGAGUCCUAUAGCGGUCAACGCCUUAGUGUUCAAGAACUUUGGUUACAAGGCAUUAUACAUCGAUGGAAACAUGUUGACUGAGGAAGGCGGAGUGCUUUCCUCUUCUGAUAAUGAUCAAAAUUUAACUGGUUCCACUAGCAUAGUGGUCAACAACACAAACAAUGCGUAG